CUCGUCGGCUGUUGAUGACGUAAGCAGCGCGACACGUGGAGUGGUUAGCAUCCUGUUUGCAGCUAGCGCAGCGGUUUCGCCGCGGAUUCUACCGACUCGUUGUGAACAGACCCGAGCGACAUGGCCGCCGCAGGGACACCGGGCCGGAGGAGGCUCCUGAAGGAGGAGGACAUGACCAAGGUGGAGUUUGAAACCAGCGAGGAGGUGGACGUCACCCCCACCUUCGACACCAUGGGGCUCCGUGAGGACCUGCUCCGGGGCAUCUACGCUUACGGCUUCGAGAAGCCGUCGGCCAUUCAGCAGAGAGCCAUUAAGCAGAUCAUCAAAGGCCGAGACGUCAUCGCUCAGUCCCAGUCUGGAACAGGAAAAACGGCUACUUUCUGUAUUUCAGUCCUGCAGUGCCUCGACAUCCAGGUCCGGGAGACCCAGGCUCUGAUUCUGGCUCCAACCAGAGAGCUGGCAGGACAGAUUCAGAAGGUGCUGCUGGCUCUGGGAGACUACAUGAACGUGCAGUGUCACGCCUGCAUCGGAGGAACCAACGUCGGCGAGGACAUCCGUAAGCUGGACUACGGCCAGCACGUGGUGGCUGGGACUCCGGGACGGGUUUUUGACAUGAUCCGCCGCCGCAGUCUCAGGACCAGAGCCAUCAAGAUGCUGGUGCUGGAUGAAGCAGAUGAGAUGCUGAACAAAGGAUUCAAGGAGCAGAUCUACGAUGUGUACCGCUACCUGCCUCCUGCCACGCAGGUGGUGCUGAUCAGCGCCACGCUGCCACACGAGAUUCUGGAGAUGACCAAUAAGUUCAUGACCGACCCGAUCCGUAUUCUGGUCAAACGUGAUGAGCUGACCCUGGAGGGGAUCAAGCAGUUCUUCGUGGCUGUGGAGAGGGAGGAGUGGAAGUUCGACACUCUGUGUGACCUGUACGACACUCUGACCAUCACACAGGCCGUCAUCUUCUGCAACACCAAAAGAAAGGUGGACUGGCUGACGGAGAAGAUGAGAGAGGCUAACUUCACCGUGUCGUCCAUGCACGGAGACAUGCCUCAGAAGGAACGAGAGUCCAUUAUGAAGGAGUUCCGGUCUGGAGCCAGUCGUGUCCUGAUUUCUACCGACGUCUGGGCUCGAGGUUUGGACGUCCCGCAGGUGUCACUGAUCAUCAACUACGAUCUGCCCAACAACAGAGAGCUCUACAUCCACAGGAUUGGUCGCUCUGGUCGCUACGGCAGAAAGGGCGUGGCCAUCAACUUUGUUAAGAAUGAUGACAUCAGGAUCCUGCGAGACAUUGAGCAGUACUACUCCACCCAGAUCGACGAGAUGCCCAUGAACGUGGCUGAUCUGAUCUAACAUGGAUGACCUGGAGGCCCCGCCCCUUUUUCCUCAGUUUUUACCUUUUUCUGUAGUAAUACUGCCUGUGCAGUGACAGUUGUUUUGUAAAUAAAGUUGUUUUUGUUCAACAUUU